GUGUUGUGAGCUUAAUGUGACUCGCAGAGUGUGAACGAAUAUUCAAAAAUAACACUCUAUGCUUGGUCGGGUGUCGGUGUGUAUUUAACGUUUACAAUUUUGACUAGUAGUCAUCAUUAAACGGAUUCGUAUAGACGUGUUUUCUCGAACAACAUUGCUACAUACUGUACGAUGUGUAAUGUGUACUCGUUAAAGCAAUAAAUGUUUUUUUUUUGUGCUGUUGAUAAUUUGAUUUGGAUUUUAAACGUGAAAAAAAAAAUUUCAUAAAGAAAAUAGAGCUGGUGCGUUAGCUUAUGAUAAUAAAAAAAAACAUUUUAAUUUAACACACAGAUUUUGUUCGUGUUUUGUGUUUUCUAGUAAAAUUGGGAAAAAAAAUUAGUUUACGAGUUAUUUAAUGACGAUAAAAACAAAUUGAAAUUCAAACAGAAACAUGUUUGAAACCAAUGUGAAAUCGACCUAUUAAUUUUGGACUGUAUCAAAAGAUGUUCAAAAUGUGAACGGAAUGAUAUUCCUAUGCUUAUUGUGUGAACACUUUAACAAAGAAAUUUGAAAAAUAAAAUAAAAAUAAAUUCAACCAGACAGAGUCGUCGACACUCAAAUUAGUUAAAAUAUUUAAAAAUCGCCACCCACUAAAAUCACUAUCAUCUCCAACAUGCACACUCUAUUCACCGAUCAAUCGUCAUUCUCUCGACACUAUCAGCCCGGCUAUCCAUCUGGGCCGACAAUGGGCCCAUCACCACAUUACGCAUACGAUCAAUAUGCCAGAUAUACGUAUCCCGGCUCGGCAUAUGCUCUAGGCGGUCCCCAUCAAAAUAAAGAAAUGGUCAAACCACCGUACUCGUACAUAGCAUUGAUUGCGAUGGCGAUAAGUGCGUCCCCAGACAAAAAAGUUACACUCAACGGUAUAUAUCAAUACAUUAUGGAUAAGUUCCACUACUAUCGUGAUAAUAAACAAGGCUGGCAGAAUUCCAUCAGGCACAAUUUGUCAUUAAACGAAUGCUUUAUAAAAGUGGCACGUGACGACAAAAAACCUGGAAAGGGCAGUUACUGGACAUUGGAUCCCGACUCUCACAGUAUGUUCGACAAUGGAUCAUUUUUACGACGACGCAGACGAUUUAAGAAGAAGGAUGCCGUACGCGAAAAGGAAGAAACUGCGAAAAGACACACAAUCAUGGACGAUCACAAACAUAUUCAUUCGCUAGAUAUAAAACCCAUCAAAUUAAUGUCCAACUCACUGCUAGAAGCUAAACACCAUUUCAAAAAGGAGCCCGGAAUCGAUCACUGCAUGGGAAAGGAUGCAUUCUCAACGAAUUCGAUAUUAAAUUCGUGUCACGAUUCCAUAACAAAUCAAAUGAAUCAUCUAACAUCACCGGCUGAUCAUGGUUUCUCCGUCGAUUCAUUGAUGAAUGUCUACAAUCCGCGCAUACACCAUACAUCGUAUCCGUAUCAUUUUACCGAAGAUAAUCUAGUAACAACGUCGAGUCAACUACGUCACCAUCAUUCGAACCAUCAUCCGCAUGGAUGGUAUACGCCAGAAACACCUCCAUCCGAUUCAGUGGGUCCGGUUACAAACAACAACAACAACAACAAUAAUAAUAGCACUACAAACGGUACAACCAAUUCAGUUGUACCCACAUCGACGUCAUCAACAUUAGCUUUUCGUGAUAUGGUGUUCGAUCAUAAUCAAAGUUGUCAAAUGGACCAGGGUAGUCCGAAUGGCAGUAUUACGUCAGCUAGUCCGCCAACAACAGUUAUUGGUUCGCAUUUGGCUAGUAAUUUAGGCAGUCUAGGUCAUUAUCGCGCUCAUGCUGGAUACUAUCAAGAUUGUGGUAUUAAAUAUGGUGUCUAAAGGCUAUUUUGUGUGUUUUUACAAAAAGGAUUUUUCAUUGAUUUUCAUAAAAUGAUUGAAAAUAUUGAGAUAUGGACAACAGCAAUAUUAUCUGUAAAAAAAUAUUAACUAAAUUAAUAAUAUUGAUUCAACGUUGCGUAUAUUAUAAUAUUGACCCCACACACAUACACACCACAUACGUGCGCAGUUAUGAGAUAAUAAAAAUAGAGAAAAUUUCUUUGAAUUAAUUUUUUUUGGUGAAUUUAUUUAAAAAUAAAUUAUUCCAAUAAGUAAAAGUAAAA